AUGGCAAUGACAAAUAACAAAACACUAUGCUUUGAAUGUAAUCAAGAAAAAAUAACAUAUUUUUGUAAAGGAUGUUCAAAAGAAUUUUGUUUACCGGAUUUAAUAGAACAUCGUCAAACAUUAAAGAAUGAAUUACAUCUUAUUACCAAUGAAUAUAAUAAAUUUAAACAAACAAUUAAUGAACAAAAACAAAAUCCACAUAAUCAUUCAUUAAUAAAACAAAUUGAUCAAUGGGAAAUAAAAUCAAUUGAAAUAAUUCAACAAAAAGCACAAGAUUGUAGACAGGUUGCCAUUGAAUCAUUACAAACAUGUAUUAAUGAUAUCGAAAAGAAAUUUAAUGAUUUAACUGAACAAAUAAAACACCUUCAGAAAGAAAAUGACUUUAAUGAAAUUAAUUUAACUCAUUUAACAAAUCAAUUAAUAGAAAUUACACAAGAAUUAAAUAAUCCACCAAAGGUUUCUAUUCAACAAAAUUCACAACCGCUCAUUAAUGAUAUUUCGAUUAUUUUAUUAGAAAAAAAACCAAAAUGGAACAAGUGGAACCGAAAUGCCAUCACUGUGGCUGGUGGAAAUGAACAAGGACAAAAAUUAAAUCAACUCGAUAAGCCUCGCGGAAUCUUUAUUGAUAAAAACAAAAAUAUUUUCAUUGCUGAUUGUUCCAAUCAUCGUAUUGUUGAAUGGAAACGUAAUGCAGAAGAAGGACGAUCCAUUGCAGGUGGAAAUGAGGAAGGACAUCGAAUGGAUCAAUUAAAUCGACCAACAGAUGUGAUUGUUGAUCAACAAAAUCAUUCGAUCAUCAUUGCUGAUCGUGGGAAUAGACGAGUGAUUCAAUGGAUGAAUCAAAAUCAACAAAUUCUCAUUGAUAAUAUUGACUGUGGUCGCUUGGCACUGGAUAAACAUGGGUAUCUUUAUGUUUCAAAUUGGAAGAAUAAUGAAGUGAGACGAUGGAAAAUGGGUGAAUACAAUGAAGGAAUUGUAGUGGCAGGUGGAAAUGACAGAGGGAAACAACUUAAUCAACUUAAUUUGCCUACUUUUAUCUUUGUUGACGAAGAUCAAUCCGUUUAUGUAACAGAUUUCAACAAUCAUCGUGUGAUGAAAUGGAGAAAAGAUGCAAAAGAAGGAACAAUUGUGGCUGGAGGAAAUGAUAGAGGAGGGAAUCUCAAUCAAUUAUCUUGUCCUGAAGGAAUAUUUGUUGAUCAUUUGGAUCAAAUCUAUGUGGCAGAUUCCACGAACAAUCGAAUAAUGCGUUGGUGUGAAGGAAAAGAAAAAGGUGAAAUUGUUGUUGGUGGAAAUAAUGAAGAAAAUCAACCAAAGCAAUUCAAUGGUCCCAGUGGUUUAUCUUUUGAUGAUGAAGGAAAUCUUUAUGUUGCGGAUUAUAAUAAUCAUCGAAUUCAAAAAUUUGAAAUAAUUUUGUGA